GUCAAAAUGAGUAUGAACAACAAAAACAUUGCCGUAUGUAGAUUUACCCGCCAAUUGGUCAUUUCGAAAUCAGCGUUUAUUUUCCAAAAUAGAGUUUCCCAGGAAUAUCCAUAGCAAAAUUUAAUCAACAACGUUAUUAGAAAGUGAAAAAGUAUUAUAUUCGAAAAUGCCAAGAAUUGAGGUGAGUAUUUCGAAUAUUAUCGACUACAUUGGUGAUAAAAUAAGGCCAUUGAAAGAGGGAGAGGCUGUCUUCAGAGCUGGACAUAUUAUAUUGUGUGGGGUAGAUGUUGAACAAACACAUGUAAUUAAGAGCUUGUGCUUACAAACCUCAGCCCUCACGCAGCCUCCCCAUGAGAUAAAAAUAAUUCCCCAAGAAAAUGCACUUUGGAUAUGCCAAUGUUCAUGCAAAGCAGGGAACUCUGGUUAUUGUAAACAUGUUAUAGGGACUCUCAUUUAUAUAAAUAGGAAUGAAGACUUGGAUUACAUUAGUUGCACAGACCUAACCCAGAAGUGGGGAAAAGAAAAGAAAGGUGUUGAGGACAUGUAUAAAGCAAAACCAUUCUCUGAAUUCUGUCACCCAUUAAUUAAAAAAAAAAAAGUUACUCAUCAUAUUACUGAGGCUGUGAACAAGGAAAAUUUUGAUAUACUUUCAGUAGCCUCUGGGAAUUCUAGCAUUGCUAAAUUUCUUGGUCGAACAUUAGAAAAGCCAAUGAUGAGUAUGGAAGAAGCUGAAGGUUCAUCUAGCAAUGGAAAUAUUUUAGUCCAGAUUGAAAAUCAAUCAUCUGCUGAGGACAGGUUGUAUAAUUCAAAAGUUCUUUUACAGGCAUAUCGGGCCUCUUUUAAUUGGAAGCAAAACUGCUCCACACCCUUAUAUUCGUUUUCCCUUUUCUGUGUGUUUCUGAUUUUUUCAGGGGUUCAUCAUCAACUGUGGAGUCAACUGUAUAUUUGAAAAAAUUAUUGAAGAGUGCAGAAGACAGUCCGUUUCUCAAAAAAAUUUCUGAUUUGAUCAAUUUGGACUAUUUCAAUUUGCAAGGAUGCUGCCAAGAUAUUUUAAAAACACUUAGGGGCACUGACAUUAUGAAAGUGGCUCUCGAAUAUCCACAGGGGUCACCUAUGUGGAAAAAAGAAAGACAGCUAAGAAUCACUGGUUCUAACUGUUAUUCAAUUUAUACAUACCAGAAGGAUUCCUGGGAAAAUAAAUCAAUCAGCUUUUUCUUCCCCAAAGGAUUUUCUAAUAAAUUUACUCAACAUGGCAUCAAAUUUGAAUCUGAAGCCAUCAGGUCCUUUGAGAUGAAAAAUAAGAAAUUUCAAAUUUUCCAUCCUAAUUUGAUAAUUUCAAAACGUUUUCCAUGGUUAGGAAUUUCUCCAGAUGGUGUGAUAUUUCAUGAAGGAAAGCCAUGGAGAUUAAUUGAAGUGAAAUGCCCUUUCAUUGGCAAGGAGAACGAUUCCAACAAAUUUGCAGAUUUGUGCAAUUUUUUAACUAGGGAUGGUUUAGGUGUUCAAUUAAAAGUCAAACAUCCCUACUAUGGACAAGUGCAGUUAGGAAUGGCUUUGCUGAAUUUGAAAGAAACACAUUUCUUAGUAUAUUCCUCUUUUUCAGGUACUUAUUUAGAGGUAAUUGUGAAAUUUGAUGAGUUAUUUUCUAGGGAACUGAUUAAAACUAUAACAACUAAAUAUUUUGAUAAUAUGUUACACUAUUACUGUAUGAAUAAAUGAACAUCUCAAAACUUUUCUGUUGUCAAAAAUGUUUUAUAGUAUUGAAGAAUUUUAUGCUACUUAGAU